AUGGCGGCUCUUCCAUUCUUCUCCUCCCUCAGUAACCUCAAUUUCAACCUUACCUCUCUCGCUCUUGUUACCCAGCCCAUCAUGUAUUCCCUAAGUCCUCUUGUACUAGCUGGCACUUUAGUCCUGCAGACUGUGUUUGGUCUACCCGAUCCAAGCAGAGUCAAGGAGCGCGACGCCGAGAUCCUCAAACGCUCUGUCGACUCAUUCAUUGCUACCGAAAGUCCUAUUGCACUAUCCGAGUUGCUAUGUAACAUCGGGGCCGAUGGAGCUUGCGCUCCAGGUGCCAAGUCGGGCAUCGUAAUUGCGUCUCCCUCGCAAGACAAUCCAGACUACUUCUAUACAUGGACACGUGAUUCCGCUCUCACCUUCAAGUGUAUUGUGGACACCUUCAUCAACAGCUAUUCCUCGUCACUGCAGACUGAGAUUGAGAACUAUAUCAGUGCUCAAGCCUACCUCCAAACGGUUUCCAACCCUAGCGGUGAUCUCUCAAGCGGGGGCCUGGCAGAGCCAAAGUUCAACGUUGAUGAAACUGCCUUCACGGGAAGCUGGGGAAGACCUCAACGUGAUGGACCUGCUCUCCGUGCCACGGCUCUAAUCGCCUACUCCAAAUGGCUAAUCAACAACGGAUACACGUCCACGGCCACCUCGCUGGUUUGGCCAAUUAUCCAGAACGAUCUCAGUUAUGUUACACAAUACUGGAACAACACAGGAUAUGACCUCUGGGAAGAGGUUUCUGGCUCUAGCUUUUUCACCAUUGCCGUACAGCACAGAGCUCUGGUAGAGGGUAGCGCUUUGGCGACUCAACUUGGAAAGUCAUGUACCUAUUGUGACUCUCAAGCCCCACAGAUAUUAUGCUUCUUGCAGAGUUUCUGGGGUUCUUCUCAAGGAUACAUACUUGCAAAUAUCAACGAAAACAAUGGCCGGACCGGUAAAGAUGCCAAUACCUUGCUUGGCUCCAUCCAUACAUUUGACCCAGCCGCUGGCUGUGAUGCAAGCACAUUCCAACCAUGCUCAGAUCGCGCUUUAGCCAAUCAUAAAGUUGUGACUGACUCAUUCCGGUCUAUCUAUACCAUCAACUCGGGAAUCGCCGAGGGCGUAGCUGUUUCUGUAGGGCGAUAUGCAGAAGACAGCUAUCAAGGUGGCAAUCCCUGGUAUCUUAACACUUUGGCUGCAGCUGAGCAACUUUACGAUGCCCUAUAUACUUGGAACAAGCAGGGGUCUAUCACUGUGACUGCAACGUCUUUGGCCUUCUUCCAAGACUUGAGCUCUUCUGUGACUGCUGGAACCUAUUCAUCAACCUCCUCAACAUACACAACGUUAUACAAUGCGGCCAAAAGCUACGCCGAUGGAUAUGUCAAUAUCGUGGCUACAUAUGCCCAAUCUAACGGAUCUCUUGCUGAGCAGUUCUCCCGAUCAACCGGGGCCCCACUCUCAGCCCGCGAUCUUACAUGGUCAUAUGCUUCCUUCUUGACGGCAGCAGCUCGCCGAGCGGGAGUGGUACCCUACUCAUGGGGAGAGCCAAGCGCGUCCAGUGUGCCUUCAACUUGUUCUUCUACCUCCGCCUCCGGAACUUAUUCGACAGCCCCAACAGGCACAUGGCCUCCUAGUCAGACUCCAAGCGGUGGAGUUACUACAACCACAUCGUCUUCGAGUACCAGUACAGGAUCUGGAACUACUACAACUACAUCAUCUAAAAGCACAUCCACAAGCUGCGCUGCUGCUGCCACAGUAGCUGUCACAUUUGACGAGAUUGUGACCACAGUGACUGGCCAGACAAUCAAGGUUGUAGGAAACGUGGCUGCCCUUGGAAGUUGGGAUACCGCCAGUGCCGUUGCUCUUUCCGCUGAUCAAUACACUUCCUCGAACCAUCUUUGGCAUGGUAGUGUCAGUCUUGCGGCAGGGACGGUGAUUCAGUACAAAUAUAUCAAUGUUGCUUCGGGCGGAACUGUCACUUGGGAGGCUGAUCCGAACCAUACUUAUACUGUUCCUGCAACAUGUUCUACGGCUGCUGCUGUGAGUAAUACAUGGCAAAGUUAA